ACGAAGUGAAUACGAGAUUUGUUUGUCAUUGUGUGGCGAAAGCUCAAAAUCUAACGAAUUCUAUAACCACACACAAAAUAAACACGAAGCUGGGCCAAGUUCAUGUAUGCUCAGCACGGGAUGGUCUCGUUUGUCUACUCUCAGUGCCGGCAACACACACCAUCUUCAGUCCCUCUCGUUCUUUACUAUCCUACAAAAUGCUGCUGGCCAAGCAUGGUCUCGUCGCGCUGCCGGGAGUUCAAGCUAUUAUCCAACAGUCCAUGACCAGAAGCUUCACAAUGCUGUUGCUGGACGGAGAAACUUGACUGGAUCUCUGCCAACUCUUCUACCGGGACCUUUGCCCAAAAAUUGUCUCGACCAACGGCUCGAGCUCGUAUUCGACGCGAGAAGAUGAACCUUUCUGUCCACUAUCUACACCCAGAUUCACUCACAGAGGACGACAUGAAGUCUUCAAAUCUAGGGCAUUGCACAGACGUGUCUACUUAUCCGGUUUUUCACUCUAGUGACGGGUUAGGAACUUGUUGUGUUUGGGGAGAUCCAUUACUUGCUCAAUAUUCCCCCACGUCGCCAGCGCAGUCAUCUACUCAGCGGCGUACCCUUCCGCCAGCUACUAGUCGCGCGAUCCUUCACCGAAACCUAACUCAAUUAUCCUGUCGGAUUCCUCCAGUUACACUCCCGCAGCUCAUGGAUUACCAUGAUCUACACCCUGAAGCACAAUCAACGCGGUCCUAUAACUUUCUCAUCGGUAUGGCAAUAAGGACUGCUUCCUUUGGUAGCGUUCAGUGGCUUCUUCAAAGCAUGGCAGCAGCUAAUAUCAACCACAACUCAGAAACCCACAAACUGCUUAUCCGCUGGCAGAUACGUAUCGGGGCGUGGGAUGCUGCUUGGCAAACCUUGACUGCUUCAAGAGUUUUUCAGGGUACAAAGGAUGGCGACGAUGGCGCUGGUUGGCCUGACUCCCUGUGGUUAGAGUUUUUCGGGAGCCUUAAACGACGGAGUAUUCGUCGAAAAGGUGUGGUCAUGGAAGAACCUGAUGGCCCCUUUGUCGUUUACGCGCAAAGGUUUCUUUUACUCAUGAAGAACCGCCCUGAUUUUUCAUUGACGCAAGCUAAACCCAGAGUCAUCCAUUCCAUCGCAUACAUCUUACUCCAGCUUCAGGAGCAAGAGCAGGCCCUCCGGCUUGUUCAAACUUACUUCAGCUACCUUCCAGCCCAGAUUACUCCUAAAUUCACUGAACAAUGCCUCGACAUCAUCCACAUCCUCGUUGUAUUCGGAUCUCGCUCUCGCGGAUUGAAGAAGUUCCAUGAACAUCGGAAGAUCUUAACCAGUCUAUUGGCGUACCAUCCGUCUUUCAGGCCGACGUCGACCACACUGUUUCUGCUGCUUGGGAGUUUGCGUGGAGCUAUGCGAAGCGGCGCACUGGCAUCUGAAUGUCUUGCAUCGUUUAAACGCAGAUGGGGGGCAGGCAUAGAGGAUCACAGGGUUCGGCUUCGCGUCGCUUCGUUAGCUUUGAAACAAGGGCGCUUGGAUAUAUCCAGUGACAUACUGGCUGACGCACGGCUUGCAGACGAACAUGCUUCCUCGUCAAAUGAGCCUGCCAUAGGUCAUGAUAUACGAUACUCGUCGCGGCGACCUCGGUUCAAAAGUAUAUUCAGAGGUACCGGGAAGCUUGUAGCUCAUCAAAUUCGCCUAGAGAAGAGGGUGAGGGCUAAGCAAUGUAGGAAAACGUACGAAAUUCAAAAUACAAAGUCAUCUUCGUGAACCUGUGUGCUGCUUUCUCCUGGCUACGUCAAUGGCUACGUCAAAAGUCGGGUUUUCGCUAGUAUUUCGAGGGCAUUCGCUUCCGAUGUUGAAUAACUUCUGGCCUACUUUACGAAUAAGCAGACCGGGCAUGACCCUCUCUG